UACAAGGCAGGGGCUUAUGCUGCUGAGAUAAAUCCCCAACUCCUAGGGCUCACUUUUAAAACGAGCCCAGGUAACACCUGGAUUCCCUCGCUCUCAGGACUGGCUGAGCGCAGUCUCCUCACCGAGCCUCCUCAUUGGCCCCGAGUCCGCGGCCCCGCCUCCCUCCGGAGUUUCUCUUUUCUCUCGUGGCGUAACUUAUCGCCUAGGCUCCAAGACUGGACAGCCUGGGAAGGAACUAGCAUCAAAUAGGUUCAUCUUCACCUCUAGAUCCACAUUGGAACUGCUUCGGCGAAGCCAUGGACUCAGCCACUCCCAUGGAGAAGAUGCAGGAGAUCGCUACCUGCUUCCUGUGCUCAAACUUGUUGGCUCAUCCGGUGAGCCUCAACUGCGGACACAGCUUCUGCAACUUGUGUAUGUGGAUCUUCUGUACAAAGAAGCCAUUGCCACAGCAGCUCCUGUGUCCUCAGUGUAAGUGCCCAUUCUCCAAAAACAGUUGGAAGUAUAAUAAGCAUCUAGCAAGAAUCACUGAAGUCAUAGAGGAGAUGGAGAAGAUGGAGAACAAAGUAGAAUGUGAGACCCACAGGGAGGGGCUCCAGCUCUUCUGUGAAGAUGACGGCCAGCUCAUCUGCUGGCGUUGUGAGAGGGGACCACAGCACCAAGGGCAUGCCACGGCGCUGGUGGAAGACGUGUGCCCAGGCUACAAGGAAAAGCUCCAGAAAGCUGUGGCAAAAUUGAGUGAACUCCAUACAGAAUGUAUGAAUCAGAAAGCAUUUGUGGCAACACAGAUGACUGAGUGGCGGAAUGACAUAGAUAUUCAGAAACAAAAAAUCAAGCUGGAGUUUGAGAAUCUCCAUAAGUUUCUAUGUGAGGAGGAGCAGUCGUAUCUCUGGAGGCUGGAGAAGGAAGAAGAACAGAUGCUGAGGAGACUGAGGGAGAGUGAGGACAACCUGCAGCAGAAGAGCAAUGAGCUCAAGAGCCACAUCCUGGAAAUGGAGGCAAAAUGUCAGGGCUCAGCCCAGUACCUGCUGCAGGAUGUAAAAGGUACCUUAAGCAGGGCGUGUGCUGUGAAGCUGGAGGCUCCCGAGGUAUUUUCCUUGGUGAUUCAGACUGCAGGUGAUGUUGCUGAUCUUAACUUGGAUGUGAAGACAAUGUUAAGACGCCAUCAAGUCGGUGUGACACUGGAUCCAAAUACAGCUCAUCCUAGCCUAACUCUGUCUAACGAUCGGAGACAAGUGUUUUGUGCACACAGCCAGAGGAAUCUUGAGUCUUCUUCCAGCAGAUUCACUGCUUUCCCCUGCGUGCUGGGCUGUGAGAGCUUCCGCUCAGGAAGAUACUUCUUCGAAGUGGAUGUUGGAGAAGGAACAGCUUGGGAUGUGGGAGUCUGUAUGGAAAAUGUGGAGCGGGGCCUCAACAUGAAGCAGGUACCUGAGCUGGGAUUCUGGGCCGUCCGACGGGGCACACAGAAUGGCUAUGUAGCACUCACCUCUCCGCACACUGCCCUUGAGCUGCGUGAGCGCCCCCUGGUGGUGGGGGUUGCUCUGGACUAUGAGGCUGGAGCUGUGUCCUUCUACAACAUGACCUCUGGCUCCCACAUCUUCACCUUCCCCAAGGCUUCCUUCUCUGAUACUCUGCGGCCCUAUUUCCACGUUUAUCAGCAUUCGCCUUUGUGCCUGCCUCCUUAUAGUAAGUGACGAAAACAGUAAAGUGUCUUUGGUUGUCCAGUACUGAAAAUGUGUAUAGCCUAUCAGGGCAGAAGUUGGUAAGUUUUCUUCACUGCUCUUCCUUCAGAUACACUGGAUAUCCAUUAGCACCACUCCUGUUCUAUAUAGAUUUGAAACUUUGACUGGAGCAAUCAAGCAACAACAACAACAAAAAUAGAAGGGAUAUGCAUAGGAAAGGAAGAAGCCAAACAAUCCUUAUUCACAGAUGACAUGAUUCUUUAUAUAGAAGGGCCAAAGUGUUCUACCAAAAUACUCCUAGAAUUAAUAAACAAAUUCAGCAAUGGAGUAGUGUUAUUAGGUGAAGUAGAGGCCAACAGUGCUUUCCAGGGUGUUAUUGUCCCAAAGAAUAAGUCAGCACAAUCAGUGAAUGUGAAAGAUUACUGUUUACACCAGAAAUAAGAAAAGGAAAGAAAGCAAAACGUAAAUGCUCAAGGAGAAAAGCAUGCUUUGAAGUGAAAAGAGAGGGUACAGCCUGCAAGCAAAAUGGGCCACUGUAAGAGCAAGAAGGCAGUGGCCCGAAGUCAACUGCUGUUGUCUGUUUAUAUCUUCUUUGAUAGUUGAUUCAGGUGAUUCCCACUUGAUCUAAGGUAGAAUAUUGACAUCGGGUGAUAGAUUUGGCAUAUUCUCACAACUGAGAAUUGAUACCAGGUUUCAGGCUUGGUGUGUUUUUGUGUCAGAGUUUUGAUAAUGGAUGUCAGGUUUGGCUUGAUCUUGUGUCAGGUUUGGGAGUUAUUGCUCCACAUUUGUGGUUAACAAGUCUCUUCAGAUGACAGAUUGCACUCAGUUACCAAAAAGAGAUUUUUCUCAUUCAAAGCAGAGAGAAGCUGGGAAUUCAGGUGGACUGGAAUAGAAAAGACAAUUUUUAAGGUCUAAGACUGAAAAGCAAUUUGUGUCCUCUGGGAUCUGGGAGAGAAUUAUAUAUAGAUGUGCAACAAGACAGUGAAUUAGAGUUGCAGCCUCAUUGAUGAAGUGAAGUUCUUGUGCCAUCCAAUAUUCUGAAGCUUUUACCAAGGGAAGAAAGGGGGUGGAGAAAACCAUGUUUGAGAAAACUGUCUAUGAGAGACUGAAGGCCUUUAUGGACCUCUUCGUUGGUUGACUACUGUUUGAAUAUUAUAAUGAGGAUGUUGAGGAGACCCUCCAGUGUGGUUACUUUCAUCACUGGGAGGAGAGACCCAUAUCUUCCUGAGAAACAGGUAGAGAUCUGAGGACAGGAUCAUCAAGAUAUCAAUUUCCUCCUCCACCAGAGUGGGUUUUUCCAGCUACAAAAGUCUGAACACAGGGCAUUUCACUUCACUUUCCAUGAUUUUUAUAGAAAUGGUCUAACUCUAAGAUAGUAUUAUAACUUAAACUGUCUUCCUUUACCCAUCUCUUGCCAUUCCAUAGUUGGUACUGGGACCAAACUGUAUUACAAUAGUAGAUAAAUUGUUCCUUUUUCAUAUUGUCAGGGUCCAAAUGUUCCCACUGUUUUUGGAUAUGACCUAAUAUUGAGGUUAAUGGGAUUUGCGGGUGUUUCUCAGAAUGUUUCUCACGGCAUGUGUUGAAACCUAUGGAGAGAGAGAACUAGGACUGGACUUUCCUUUUGAGGAUGUCCCUUGCAGAGGGAAGUAGACCCAUGAGUUCACAAAGUGUCCCCUGUGAUACAGCGAUUCUUCAUUUAACAAAUCAUUUGUUUAAUCACUGUUUGGACUUAAAACAGAGACAUGAAGAAGCAGGAGGCCUCCAGAGGGCUAGAUCACAGCUCGCAUUUUGCAAUGCAGCGAUUCAGUAUAACCUAGGAGGUGCUGUGGAAACAGAUCCCCCAGACCACAGGACAAAUGAACUCCCCAUGCCAUCAGCACACAGACUGUGCGCAGUAAUGAGCCCAGAAUAUCUCUUCACAGGUUACACCUCAUUUUCUUUACUGUGGAUGUUUCUCUUUGAACUCAGGCUCAGUUCACCAAAGUUUAUGUUCUCAAAAAUAAAGAAAAAUAAGAAAAAUUCAAACUUCCAGCAAGGACAAAGCAUCCAUAGCAAGAGAGUGGCUGUUUAGUGAUAGCUGUCAGCCACCUCAUCUACUUCUUGUUGUUUGAAGGAGGAAUUUGGUCAUGUAACAUGCUGUAGGGAAUAGGAAAAAAAAAAGAGGAUCAGAUGAGUUUCCGGUCUGAGUCUCCAAGCUAGUUCUACCAGAACACCAACAUAAAUCCUCAUAGCAAAGGAGCUCAGAGAAUUUCCUAGGACUAAUUACAUGCCUACGCACGUUAUAAUGAAAGAAUCAAAAGACAAAGACAAAGAACCUUGCAAGCAGAAAGAAGCAACUCCUUACACACGUGACCUUUAAUAUGAUUAACAAAUGACCUUUUAUUAGAAACCAUGGAGAUCAGUAGGCUGUGAAUGACAUGCUCAAAAUGUCAAAAGAAAAAGACAGUCUGCUAAGAAUUGAAUACACAAAAAACUCCUUGAAAACUAAAAGAGAAAUUGAGACAGUCUCAUAAAAAUGAUUGCAUCCCUAGAAUAUCUGUUCUAUAAGACAUAUUUUAAAAGUGUUCCAGGUUGCUAUAGAACAGCGCUAAAUAAGAACCUACAUCCUGGUUCAUUAGCAAUAUAUUGAAAGGAAAUGAAUUUUAAGGGAGAUAUUAAGUGAAUAGAUAAAAUGAAAUCAUUUAUCUGUAUAGGCCUGUGAUUUGUAAACAUAACAUCUAAUGAAUAUAUAUUUGACUGUCAAAUGAAACUUGCUUAUAACCAUUAUGUUAAGUGUAAUUUAUGAGAACUACUCAUCGAUAUUGUCUAAUAAUCACAGAGCACAAGUUUUCCAUAUCUCUAAGUAUGCAUAACAAUUGCUAAUUUGUACAUAGUAUAUCUGAGUGCAACUCUGAUUCUGUUUGUUAGGUUUUGUGGUUCAUUGUGUAAUUGGGGUAACUGCCUGAGGAUUUAUGCUUAUAAUGUUUAAAACUUGAAUAAACACAGAGGGUGUAUGUGACAGACAAUGGGAGAGAGGGAAGAUCAUAGCAGGGAGGAAUUGAGCAAAAACUCUUGACAUGGUUGUCAAGAAGCUUGUUUAAAAGGUGCCUUGUGACCAGCAAAGUAGAAGAAGUCAUGGAAGAAGCCAAAGGCCACAGGAGACAGGUGGAUGGCAAACAUCUGAAUGGGUAAGUUAAAAGGCAGUAGGGAGGAUUGGGGUCCAGGGCACCCAAGAGGGCACACUAAUUCUCCAAUUAAAAAAACAUAACUGGCCACAGGUGUCUUUCCAGAGUACAGCGCCAUACUUUUUACUACCAAAUAGGCAAGGUCCUGAUCUCUGAGAGUAGGCUUACAUGUAUUGUAUGUCUUAAAUAAUGGUCAUUCAUUCAUUCAGAAAUAUGAAUUGUGCAUUUUCAUGAGCUAAUAUCAUGCAAGCUACAAAGACAAACAUUCAAAUCUAUAAACCUUUAUUUCUUCACCAAUAAAGUGGAACUGUUAA